GGUUCAUAAAAGUUCACUCUAAAAAGUUGCAUGCACAAACAAAAGUUAUAAAACCAUUUUUUGUAGCCGUUUAUUAUCAUUUGGUUUUGACUGGCAGGAUAAAACGUGACAUGUUCAACGAUUCGAUGGGCCAUUUUGACACUACAUAAACAUAAAAGGCGAGGAAACACCUUAACUUAUAAGACUUACUGUAAAAUAUCACCUAACUAGUUUCUGUAUAUCGCAUAGAAAUACUCCAAAUAUCAAACCUAAUUAUAGAUUGCAGCGAUCUAAAGAUAUAAAGCAAAAACUCCGAACCUACCUCCAGCUCGGCGCCAUUUUUCUUGCCCCGACAGCGGUAACACUUGACAGCGGUCGAGAUACAUGAAGUACCCACCAAAGGCCAACUAGUUCCAGUCCUACUCCGCAUCGUAGCUGCAUGAACACAAACCAGAUUCGCCCUCUGCAAGUACCUCAACAAGUAGCUCAGAAUGGAGACAUGGCAAAUGCCGCAAGGCUGAGAAAAACUGCUGUUGCUACAUUUCACAUGUAUAUCUUGUUUUUAAUUUUUCAUAUUUAUAGUUCGUUCAAAAAAUAUAUAAACUCGUGUAAUGCGAAGCUGCGAAGGCAACGCCGAAGAACGGUAAAAAACAACAAUAGGUCUAAUUAGCAAAAAAGCAACUUUGCACGUGCAGCACACUUUUUUGUACAUUUCUUUGCCGUUGUGUUGCACGACUACAACGUGAAACUUCCACAAACUUCUCAGUUACACGCUUUAUGGGGGAAAUGUCGUACGUGUUCUCGCUCGCUUUUUUUUCACUGCCGCUCAUUUUCACAUUGCAUUGGUGGCCGCUAGCAUUUCUCAUUUUCUCACCGCAGCUACAAAAUUGUCAUGUUGUUCUUGUAACAAAAAACUGUCUCCUUUUUUAUCUCUCGCUCUAGAUCUCUGUCGCCCUUUUUCUCGUUGAGCUUCGCUGGUGUGCCGCCUAGUUUCUCUUUUUUUUCUGUCUUUCACUUCCUCUAUUUUCCAAUUUUUUGGGAAUGACAGUUCAAUUAAUCUAAGCUUUUAAGCUUAGAUUUAUUGUCAUGUCCAAAAAUUUGGAGAAGUAUUACAAUACUUCAGACAACACGGAUACAGAAACAAUUUCUGCUUUCCGUUUUCGUCUUUAUUGACUCUUUAGUUGUCUCUGCUUUACAACACUUGAGUGGCUAUGCGAUUUUCCGCCCAAAUAACCUCGAGUUCCAUUUGGGUUGCCAUACCUGUUGAUUGACUUAUUUUACAUUGGUAUGCCUGUGGUGCGGACAGACGGUCAGUUGCUCGGUCGGGCGGUGUACGGUCACUUGAUUACCCAAUUUUUUAGGAUGGGUAGAUGUUACGAAUGCGUUACUUCGUAUUGCGUUACUAAGGUGCAUGCGCACCAGCUUAGGGGGCGAGGCCCUAUGAUUGUGUAAUCGUUUGUAAUCCUGCUUUGUGCUUUAUGCCUAUAUCGUGAUCGGUUAUGUGAACGUUUAUAAGGUCCAAUCAUUUUAAUCGGGAAAAGAGGUAUGAUUCUUCGUUUAAUAUAUAUUUUUUGCUUUUAUUGUUGCAUGUAUCACGGAUAAAUCAGUCUUUAUUUACCUACCGAACUAGUCGAUUAUCGUAUUUGCUUUGUAUCAUGUUAUCGCCGAGUUAUUUAAGACAUUGUGUUCAAGUCUCUUAGCUAGACUCGCGAUAAUUUCAUUGUUGUUUCUGUUACAGUUUUUACGUGCCUAAACGAUAAAUAAAUUUGUGAAGUAUCACCGAUCGCUAUCUAUGGUUUUGGUCAAUACCUUUUAACGCAACUUGAUGACCAGUACGCUACAGUAGAUUUACUAAUUAUAAUGACCAAUGCGGGGAGGCUCAGCCCGAAAAGGGUACCUUUUUCACGCCUCAGGUAUAUGAAAGGGUAGGGAUUUCACUAGUUGAAGUAAAUGAAACUGUAGGUAGAUUUGUCAUUUCGGUCCGUAACAAGGCCAACACAACUGAAAGAUGCAUUAUGUCUGUGAGAGAGUCGGCGCGAGAAAACUUUCUGGCUUUCAGAUUUGUUCACAUGAAAAGACAGUCCAUUUACAGCAGUUCGAAGGGAUACAAAGUUCUAAACAAGGUAUGUGGAAGGGGUACCAUUUAUCAAUAGAAGGCAGACGAAAGGGGUACUGUUGAAGUGACAAAUGAAAUAAUUGAUUACAAAUGUAGUAAAAAUUGCAUUUGGCCACAAAUGUAAUAGAAACCUAAAAUGCUAUCAAAACCGUAUAUUACUCGAAAGAGUACCGCUUUAAAUUAAAGUCGAACACAAAUAAGUUCCGCGGCACCCUUUCGAAAAACACAACUCUGUUGCCGUGAUUUAAUCCAAAGAGCGCAGCCCUCAAAUAACUUUGUAUACACUCUUCUUGCGCCCGCUCGCUCGCUGUCCGGACGAGAAACAUUGUUUUACUUGGCCUGACCGUAUCAGCAAAUCGGGACUAGUGUGCGAGAAUUUGCAUCAUAUAUUGGGAGUGUCACGUGGGCAAACUAAAAGCAAGGGGUAACUCCUGAUCUGCUUUCCCCGCGUACGCAUGGGAGAACUGCCUUGCGGUUCUCAGCCAGCAGCUCCCAAGAUUGGCUCAAUGACCAAAAUAGUGUUUCCUCAAGAUCAACACGGAUACAAACUGGAAAAUAUGAAAUCUGCGGCGUUCUCACAUGCACAUGUUACAGUUACAAAUCUUAAAACUAAAAGACUGGUAUAUAACAACUAAAUAUUACAGAUUGGACCAUAAUGAUUACUUUAGAUUAAAACAGAAAAGAAUAACACAGCAGUUCACACAAUAGCAUUACACCUAUUAAUUUUUCGAAAUCAUACCUUCAACUGAUUCUAGCCUUAAAUUCAUCCAGAGCUAAAUCUUUAGGUGCUAACUUAUUCAUGUACGAGUAAUUUUUAGCAAGCAGAAGAGAAAAUCGAGCCUUUUGGCAAUUUCCAAUCAUUUCUAUCUUUUGAAAGCUAAAAAUAGUAGUGUCUUUUGACGCGAUUUCUCAAACCCCGAACUUUGAGUGACAAGAUGAGGUGUUUACCUUAUACCGUUACUGUAAGAUAAGGUGAUAGGGAAAAAACACUAAAAGAGAAUCUGUCAAUUAACUGGCCGAUAAUCAGGAGAAUAGCUACCAAGAUGAUAUAAGUACAACUAAGUGCCGGAUACAGACGUUGAUCAUGAAAUAAGGGGUCGGGGGGGAAGGGUGGUCAUCCAGACCCUUAGAUAAGGGGGGAGGCAGUCUUCAAAAAAAGUUUUUUGUUUUUUUUUUUCAGUCUGGUCUAAAAAUAAGACAAGAGGAUAUCCGGAGGCCGGCCCCCCUGGGCCCGUUCCCUGGAUCCGAUGCUGCAACUUCAGGCAAACAAAUUUCACGGAUUUUUCAAAGACAAAUUAAAUUACAGCUUUUAAGGACUGAGAUUUAUUUUAAAAAUCGGCAUUCUUUAACCCCCUUUGAUCACUCUGGCGGGCUAAAACCCUAGCCUUUACAAUUAAUUUUUACCCCCAUACUACUUUCCGCAACAAGACUGACUAGGUGUGACUUGCAGUUGCAUCUGAGAUAAAGAAAUAGCAUUUGAAAUAGAGAAACAGAAAUAAAAUAUUGUUCAUGUACAAAAAUGUUUUUACGUUACCCGUGAGUUUUAGAGGUUCUUGUACACCAAGGGUAAGCCAAAUUCUCCUCGGUAAAAUAAUCCGAGUAAUUUUACAGAAAAAGGAAGGUGCAUACAAGAGCGUGAAUUUCAAAGACUUUUCAAGACCUAAUAAAGACAUCAAGUAUUUUUUAAGGACCUAAACCGAAUUCAAGGACUCAGAAUUUCAAGACGAAUAGUAAAAUUCAAGACCUUUUCAAGAUUGAACGGACCAUGUAUAACAGAAACAGAAAGCAACGCUAAACGGCGACGGCGACGAAAACGACAAAAAAAUAGUAAAUAGGUCUAAUAGAGAGGAGAAGUGUGACGUCACGUUGCCAUGGUAGCAAAAAUUCUGGAUGACAGCAACGAAGAGCUUAAGCACAGGGAGCCCGAACGCUGUAUUAGCUAAUAGAAAAACAUUAGAUGUAUUUACGCUGUAUUAGCUAACAAAAUAACAAGAGGCAAUUUCCUUUGUUCCGAUCAGAGACGGUUAACAUUGCUGGUUAUCAAAUGCGUUUGUUUGUCUGACGCGUCGUAAAUAGACGCUCAAGUUUCGUCUCACGUUUCUAAUAUUGUUAACUAUUAACUUUCCUCUAACAGCCACGAGAGAGUCUCUUUUCUCUUCUCGUGACCGUUAAAUUGAAACCCCAGAUCAUCUCCCAAGGAGAUCGAGAGUUAAUAGUUAACAGGAACGUGAGACGAAACUUGAGCGUCUUAUUUACGACGCGCCAGACAAGCAAACGCAUUUGAUAACCAGCGAUGUUCACCGUCUCUGAUCGGAUUCAAAUCCCUUCCAAAACGACUUAUAACGACACAGGAACAAAGGAAGGGCUCCCUGUGGCUUAAGCAAGGACGACGGCGAAAAUAACGAGAACGGCAAAAAAGCGAUAGGUUUAGCAAAAUAAAAACUUUUCACGUGCAUCACGCUUUUUUCUAGCUACAUUUCUUAGCCGUCGUUACACGACUGCGCUUCCUAAUUUCACGCUCCCGCUCUAUGGAGCUGGUCAACACAGAACAAAAAUGUUCUUUUUCUUUUUCUAAACUCGGAUACAGUCCUUUCAGAGAAUUUUGUCAACAUUUAACACAUUAAAUGAGACUGAAUAUGUUCGAUGAAAUUUGAAACAGUGCGAAUUUACUUAGUUAAGUGACGUUUUUGGAUGGUUGUCUGAUCCAAAAGUUUUGCUACUGUAGCAACGUGGCAUAAAGACUUCUCCUCUCUAUUAGCAAAAACAACAACAACAACAACAACCUUGCACUUGCGCAGCACACUUUUUUGUACAUUUCUUUCGGCUGACCUUGUUUUGCACAACUACAAUGUGAAACUUUCCAACUCAUUUAUGUUGGAAAAUGUCGUAUGUGCUCACCAAUGUUUUGUCAUGUUCCUGUUCACUUUUUUUCUACACUGCCGCUCAUUUUCACCUUGUUGGCCGCUUUUUCUAAUUUUCUCACAGCCAAUUUCCAUGUUUUUCGAAAUUUGUCUUUUGUUUUUGUCUAACGCUUUAGCUCUGUUGUCGACGUCAUUAAAAGAUUUUAAAAUUUAGUCGCACUUGUCUUUGGGCGCGAUCCAUUCAACCAAACUUUCCGGAAAUUUCGGUCCAAAACUCAAUGGAUCGGUUCGGUCCAACCGGAAAAGUUUCGAAAAAACGGGUCCACCUUUUGAGGUGGUCCUCUUUUCCCGGUCGGACCGGUUGGAAUUUUGGUUGAAUGGAUCGCGCCCUUGGUUGUUGGUUUUUCUCUCUUCUAAGUCCGAAUGGACUUUCUCUCUCUAAAAAGUCGGGGUGGACUCUAGGUUUCCCGCCAAAAAACCCGUGUUGCAUUUGCCAUACCUGUUGAUUGAGUUAUUUUACAUUAAUAUGCCUGUGGUGCGGAAGGGUUUGCGUACGCUCACGUGAUUAUUUAUGCACAGUGAACCAAAAUUCUUACCCAUGCUGCACCGUUGCGCGGGCGAGCUUCCCCAAAAAUGUUUGUGGUGAACCAAGACGUCAAAAACGCCAAAAUAGACCUUUGUCACGCGACAGCCAUUUUGUCUCAGGAGAUUUAAAAAACUUUGUUUAUGCACAGCUAGCCUUGUAGAACCUUAACCUUCUAUUGGGGCAUGAAGAUUUUCAGAGAUUUCAAGGAAAUUUUUUGCCUGAUCUUAAUUUGUCUGCAAGAAAAAUAUUAAAACUUUGUAGCGACUAUCCGCUGAGCAAAACUUACGGAAUAACAGCUUUCAAUCUUAAACAUUGGUUCAAUGAACAUAAUUUAAUAUCUAUUGCGAGCGUAAAGUCACGGCAUUGCUCAAGCACUUUGCAACGGCAAAAGAUGUUUAAGUCUUCAGCCUCGCCGACGCUUAUUUCCCUUUCGUAAACGAUCGUUGCCAUUUAUAACACACGAUACCACCAUGUUGCUUGGUAACCAAGCCUUUAGUUAUAAUGUAAUAUGCUCCCUGGAUUAACUUGCAACAAGAACGCCAUACAUAGUCUCGCUUGCUUGGAGAUUAGAUAAGAGAUAAGGAGGCGUUUAAUUCUACACGAAGCAGGAUUUCUUUGCAAAAAGGUUUCACUUCCCACUUUAUCGACGGUCGAGUAUUCUUCAGAGUAUUUAAUGAAUUUUUUCUUCAGAAUAUACGCGUGUACAAAUACAAAUCAUUGCUAGAAAGUAAAAACGUGAUGAACAUGGCGCAUCAUUUUAAUCAUCGCCAAAAAUAAACGGCAUGCUCAUCACAAGACUCAUUUUCAUACAAUGAAAGUUUACAACGCCCGACCAGUUUAUAGCCUCACCAUCGACGGUUUCACUGAAGCAUUAACUUGUUCAAAAGUAAUCAACGAUUUCAAGCAAUAGAAUUCGUGGACCGACCGGUUCCGGGAAAGCUCAACAUCUCUGCAUCAUUCUUUCCUAAGCUUUCUUCACAAAAUAGAGCAUGGCGCUGUGACAGGUAGCAAUUCCCAUCCUCAGUUUCCAUGAUCUCUGCUAGUAACACCUGGGACCAUGAUUCCCUUUUGGCGCGCACACAAACGAGACUAACUACCUACUGUGCUGGUCUAUGUUUUAAAAGCUUAGCUAGUAAUUUUUUUUUUUUCAACGGGGAACAAGUUCCUUCUCUCAUGUCAAGAGACUCGUCCUUUGUCAUAGUUACUAAAAAAACGUGCGUUUGUUUCGCUUGAGUCCAGCAAACACGUAGGAUUGGUUUCAUACUUAAUAGUCUGCAUUUCCUCUAAACCAUUGCUUAACUCUCUUCUGUCUGACUUUCUGUUUACGAUUCACCGCAAACCAGCUGCCAUUUCUACUUUGAUAUCGCUCCAAUAGUUUCGAAUAACUCACUUCCAUUUAAUAUUUUCAGCCUAAAAUCGGCAGGAAAAGAAAUAAGAAUAUUCAGCCUGUGUGUUUUAAACUGAAGAAACUGACGCUAUAUAAUACGACUUACAUCUUAUUAGCUGCCUUAAAGUUAAUAAAGGGUACUAUAGUGUAAGUUGAUUUUUUUGUAGUCGAUUGCAGUUUAAGGCAUAUAUUACUUUUUGACACAUGGUUGCUCAUCGGAUUGCCACGUCAUGUACAAACGGGUGUUCUGAAUAUUUGCAAUUGAUGAUGAUUUAUUAAGUAGCUAGGGUACUGUAUCUUUAGGCCGCCUCAUACUCUUUAAGUCACUCUUGAACAUGUAGUUUAUCAAAAAAUGUGUUCAUGGGUCCAGCAAAUACUGUUGGAUUGGUUUGCGACGUAAAAAUUCCCUUUUCCUCUUAAGUUACCUGUCAGCUCGUUCUGUCUGAUUGUAUAUUUGCCAUUCAUAAUUGAAAACCAACUGCCUUUGUUUAUUUAAAAUUGCGUCAGUAGUUUCAUAUAACUUCCUUCCUUUUUAACUGACGAACUUCAACAUUUAUACGACCUAUUGCGUUUCGCUUGAAAGAAAAUUAAUACUAAUUACUGUCUGAUGAUGACGUUACAUUUAAAGUUUUAAUUCCGGGUUCAGACAUGGAAAGUUUCAAUUUCAAACAAGGUGAGAGUUUGGAUAUUGUGAGCACGACUUAAUGACUUUUUUUACGACUGUCGCGGAAGACUCAACAGUACUCAGUUAAAAACCAAUUGCCAUCGGAGGAGGAAGACUGGAGAAAAUUCAGUAAGUCUCGCAAAGAGUAAUUUCCAGCCUCAGUCUGUAUAUAACGCUCCAUUCAAUGGUGGAAGCUGAAGGUCAGUCUCAUUCAAAAACGGAUGAAACCUAGAAAGCAAUGAAAUUCUUUGCAUAUGAUAGAAACUGAACGCUGAUUAGGGUUACGUAAAAAAAAGAUGGCAAGUGCUGAAGGCUUGCGUUUGACACUUGUUUUCUUCAACGCUUUCUUGUCUUUCACCGCCAUCGUAUUAAACAUCAUAACCAUGCAAGCGCUCAGAAAAACGUCGUCGUUGCCUAAGACUUUAAAAACAUUGCUACUAAGCUUGGCUGUGUCUGAUCUGGGUGUAGGCUUACUUGUCCAACCACUGUAUGUUGCAAUUCUUGUGAUGGAAAUAAAACAAAACACAAACAGUGCUGCUUAUCAUACAGUAAAGAAAGCGCUUUUAAUCCAGGGAAGAACAUUGGUCUUUGCUUCGCAUUUUGGUGUUUUUGGAUUAGCUGUGGACAGAUUCUUGGCCAUUCAGCUUCAUCUCAGAUAUCAGGAGCUUGUGACUCACAAACGUGUUGUUGCUGUUGUGAUCUCAGUCUGGGUGUUUAGUGCAUCAAUUUCCAUCCUACGUGAAUUGCAUGAUAUUGAUGUUAUGCGAACGGUCAUUUUAGUUGUUUGUGUCGUAACUACAGGAUUGCUUUAUUGCAAGAUAUACGCUUCCGUCAGACACCACACAAAUCAGAUUCACGCUCUGCAAGUUCAACAGGCGACAGAGAAUGAAGAUAUGGCAAAUGCCGCAAGGCUGAAAAAAUCUUCACUGGCUACAUUCUACGUUUAUUUCGUGUACUUAGUUUGCUAUUUGCCAACGUUUUGUGUUGUUUUUGCCAAGACCACUGGUGAAACUCCCUUGUUAUCUCAUUUAUUGUAUUUCACAUUGACUCUUGUGUUUCUCAAUUCAUCCCUCAAUCCCUUGAUCUACUGCUGGAAGAUGAGACACAUUCGACAAACUGUUAUGGACAUACUUCGAAAUAUUUUCGCCAUUUUUCCCCACUAA